CACGACUCUCACCAACCACCCAAAAGACUGCACUGCACUACUAUAAAUUCAAUGUUCCAAUCCCCAGAUCUCUGUCUCCUUUCAGUCACUCUUCGUUAACUCUUCCGUCAGACAAAAUGGCCACGUCAUCAACCGCCUCAACUCUCCGUCACCCUUCUCUCAAGCUCCAUUUCUCCUCCAAAGGAUCUAUUCUCCCCGUUUUCUCCGUUAAUUUCAGCUGCCGUAAGCGGGACCCACCCCGGUUCGUCAUUGUUGCAUGCGGUGGACUCCCCUCCAAACCGACCGUGCUUGUAGCUGAAAAGCUAGGAUCCGCGGGUUUGGAUCUGCUGAAAGAGUAUGCCAACGUGGAUUGCUCUUAUAACUUGACGCCAGAGGAGCUGCGCACGAAGAUCUCGUUGUGCGACGCGCUGAUCGUGCGGAGUGGGACGAAGGUGAGCCGUGAGGUUUUUGAGUCGUCCGGUGGGAGGUUAAAGGUGGUCGGGAGAGCCGGUGUCGGUAUCGAUAACGUGGAUCUGGCUGCUGCUACCGAGUUUGGAUGUUUGGUUGUGAACGCGCCUACUGCCAAUACUGUUGCGGCCGCGGAGCACGGGAUCGCACUUUUGGCUGCCAUGGCCAGAAACGUGGCGCAGGCUGAUGCGUCUGUUAAAGCCGGGAAAUGGCAACGGAACAAGUAUGUGGGUGUUUCCCUUGUGGGUAAAACGCUUGUUGUGCUGGGAUUUGGAAAGGUUGGGUCAGAGGUUGCUCGCCGUGCCAAGGGCCUUGGAAUGAAUGUUAUUGCACAUGAUCCAUAUGCACCAGCAGACCGGGCUCGUGCUAUUGGUGUGGAGCUUGUGAGCUUUGAUGAAGCUAUAGCAGUAGCUGAUUUCAUCUCUUUGCACAUGCCUCUUACUCCUGCCACCUCAAAGAUGCUUAAUGAUGAGACUUUUGCAAAAAUGAAGAAAGGAGUUAGAAUUGUAAAUGUUGCCCGUGGAGGUGUGAUUGAUGAGGAAGCUUUGGUUAGGGCACUGGAUGCUGGAAUUGUUGCACAGGCAGCACUUGAUGUUUUCACAGUGGAGCCACCACCAACAGACAGCAAGCUGGUACAGCAUGAGAGGGUUACUGUAACUCCACAUCUUGGUGCUAGUACAAUGGAGGCUCAGGAAGGAGUAGCCAUUGAAAUUGCUGAAGCUGUUGUUGGAGCCCUGAAUGGAGAGCUUGCAUCUACUGCAGUUAAUGCGCCAAUGGUACCUGCUGAGGUUCUAACAGAGUUGAAACCAUUUGUGGAACUUGCUGAGAAACUUGGGAGACUGGCUGUCCAACUAGUAGCAGGAGGAAGUGGUGUGAAAAGUGUGAAAGUCACGUAUGCUUCUAGUAGAGCUGACCUUGACACUAGGCUCCUUCGAGCCAUGAUCACCAAGGGUCUGAUUGAGCCUAUAUCCAGUGUCUUUGUGAACCUAGUUAAUGCUGAUUACACAGCUAAACAGAGAGGUCUGAGAAUAGUUGAAGAACGAAUUCUUCUUGAUGGCUCACCUGAGGAUCCACUUGAGUUCAUCCAGGUUCAGAUUGCAAAUGUGGAAUCAAAAUUUGCCAGUGCCAUGUCUGAUUCUGGGGAGAUUAAGGUUGAGGGACGGGUGAAGGACGGAGUUCCACAUUUGACAAGGGUGGGAACAUUUGAAGUGGAUGUGACCUUGGAAGGUAGUGUCAUUCUUUGCAGACAAGUUGAUCAGCCAGGUAUGAUUGGCAUCGUGGGCAAUAUUUUGGGAGGAGAAAACAUUAAUGUCAGCUUCAUGAGUGUUGGAAGGAUUGCACCACGCAAGCAUGCAGUGAUGGCAAUUGGUGUUGAUGACGAACCCAGCAACGAAGCUUUGAAGAAGAUCGGGGAAGUUCCAGCCAUUGAAGAGUUUGUUUUCCUCAAAUUGUAGUGUGCUGCUGCUGCCAUCAAUCUUAUUCUUUUAUAGGAGUCUUUACUACAGUGUAGUGCCCGGUUUUGAUUGUUUCCAUUUGACUGUUUGUGGAAGCUUUAGGGAGGGGAGCAGAAUUGUUCAGCUUUGUUGAAAAGAUUGUUUUCUUUUUUGAGUUGAUUUUGUUUCAACUUUGCCAUUACAAGGCCUGUCUUUUUGUAAAUAAACAAACUGUCAAUUUUUCCUUAGAUUAGUAAAAUUAGUGGAGUAUUAGAACUUUUAAAGAGAA